CGUCACUCCGGGCGCGCCGCCGCCGCCGCCGCCAUUCCCGGAGGGUGCCGAGAGCGGCCGGGGCGGCGGCGGGGCCGGAACGGAAGUGACGUCAGAGAGAGAGCGCGGGAAAACGGCUGGGGAUGGGCGGGAGUGACGUCAGCCCCUCCCCCUCCCUGCGCUUGGCCCUGGCCGGGGCCUGGUGGGCUCUGAGGGGGCGUGGCCCCUGUGGGCGUGGCCUGGAUGGGCGUGGCUGGGGGCGGCUCCUGGCGCUGCUGGAGGCCGUGGGGGGCGGGGCCCCGGCGCUGCUGCAGCCCCGGCAAUGGGCGGGGCUCAGCCUGGGGCUGAAGGCACAGGUGGUGACGUCACUGCUGCGAGAGCUCGGCCCCUCCCCCGCUGUGCUGGAUGCGCUGGAUUGGCUCUUCCCGGAGGGGGCGGGGCCAGGGAACGGCCACGCCCUCGGGAUGCUGCAGGGCCGCCCCCUGGUGGGCGUGGCCGAGGAGCACUUCCGGGAGCAGGUGCUGGGAAUUCUGGGAAGUGGGCGGGGCCUGGAGCCCUUCCUGCAGGAGUACGGCUGCCGCUUCCGCCGCUCCCUGUGCAAUCUGUUCCUGGAGCUCCUGGCCCGCCUGGAGAGCGCCCUGCCCCCCCCCGACCUGGCCCAGCUGGAUGAGCUCUGUCGAAGCCACGCCCCUCCUGGGUGCAAGCCACGCCCCCUCCCUCGCCUGCAGCGUUAUUUUGCCGAGGUUCGCCACGCCCACCCAGCACCGGUGCCGCGCCCACUUCUGCCAAAGAAAACCACGCCCAUGACUAAGCCCCGCCCCCGCCGCCGCAGGCUCCGCCCCCUGCGCUUCUCCCCCUACCACGCUGACGGGGAAGGAGAUCGAGAUCGACAUCGAGCCCACAGACAAGGUGAGCUCCCAGUUUGGACCAGUACAAACCAGUAUGGACCAGGUGGGGGUCGGUGGAGCGGAUCAAGGAGCGGGUGGAGGAGAAGGAGGGCAUCCCCCCCCAGCAGCAGCGGCUGAUCUACAGCGGCAAGCAGAUGAACGAUGAGAAGACGGCGGCGGACUACAAAAUCCAGGGGGGUUCCGUCCUCCAUCUUGUCCUGGCCCUGCGGGGAGGCGUGGCCAGGCUCUGAUGGGCGUGGUCAUGCUCAAACCACUCCCCCUUCCCUUGUAAGCCACGCCCACUGGCAUUUCCCCUUUUCCCUGAGGUCCUUUCCUGUUCAUGGAUCCGUUAUUAUUUAAUAAAGAUUCGCUGAUGACGUCAGCAGCGCUUUUGUGACGUCA